UCAAAUCCGAUUCCGAAAAUGGAAGAAUCCAAAAGCCAAAGUUUGGAGGAAGAUUUUGAAGGACAAGCCACACAUACAGGACCCAAAGGAGUAAUAAAUGACUGGAGAAAGUUUAAAUUAGAGAGUGAAGACAGUGACUCAAUCCCUCCUAGCAAAAAGGAAAUUCUCAGGCGAAUGUCUUCUCACAACAAAGAUGACAAGGAUGCAAAAGACAGACUGGGCAGGAAGAUGAGCACUCAAGAAUAUGAACUAAUCCAUCAAGAGAAGGAGGAUGAAAACUGCCUUCGUAAAUACCGUAGACAGUGCAUGCAGGACCUGCACCAGAAGCUGAGCUUUGGGCCCAGAUAUGGGUUUGUGUAUGAGCUGCAAACAGGGGAGCAGUUCCUGGAAACGAUUGAAAAGGAGCAAAAGAACACCACAAUCGUUGUGCACAUUUAUGAGGAAGGCAUAAAAGGCUGUGACGCUCUAAACAGCAGCUUGACAUGCCUUGCAUCAGAGUACCCGAUGGUCAAAUUUUGCAAAAUAAAAGCUUCUAACACAGGCGCUGGGGACCGCUUUUCCUCAGAUGUUCUCCCUACACUGCUUGUCUACAAAGGGGGGGAGCUGAUAAGCAAUUUUAUUAACAUUGGUGAGCAGUUCGCGGAAGAGUUUUUUGCUGGAGAUGUGGAGUCUUUCCUCAAUGAAUAUGGGUUACUCCCUGAGAGAGAGAUACAAGCCCUAGAGCAGAGAAACCUGGACGAAGACAUGGAGUGA